AUGGUCAGUCCGAAAGCAAAAGCCAACCAAGCCUACGAAAACCUCUCAGCCAAAUCAAAAGCUCAAUUAACCAGGCUCGAGAAGUUGUCAAAAAAAGAUGACACAAUUAUGGAACAAAGCAUUGCCGAGUAUAUGAAGAACUGGGAGACAUUUGAGAAGUUCGUUGACCGCGUUGACAACUGGUACGCGAAGAACGAGAAAAAAUAUAUAAAAUAUAUGAGCCUUUACAACCGAGAAAUGAUCAGCAAAGCUGAGUUUAAAGUAGCCUUAGGAGAUCUCAGUCCAUCUCUAAACGACGUGGAAAUUCACGCCCUUUAUCGGAUGAUGGACACGGAAAAUAUCGGUCAAGUGGAGUAUUCUCGACUCUAUGAGGCUAUCUGGAGGGCCCUUGGCAACAAAUAUGUGAUGGAAGAUGAUAUCAACCGACUUGAUCUUGACAUGCCGGAUAAAUGGAUCCAGAUGACAUUCAAGGUGCCGAGCUUUGAACCGUUUGAUAUGCCAACUACUUUUGAGCACCUCAUCAAUUUGGAUUACACCGGCUCUAUGCUGCGCCAAUUAAUUCGAAGUAAGGUUACUGGCUUGGCAACCAGAAAUAUUGUGAUAUUUACCGAAGCGGCGAGAUACGCCGAGACUGUGGUCAAGUGUCACCAGAGGCUAUCGGAUUUCAACUAUACUGGGGGUGCCAAGUGCGCGCCAAAUGAAGCCGUUAUAUUUUACGACUUCUCAAUGGGCAAGAUAGACUGUCCUCUUCUGACGCAUGUUCGCAAUCAGGAACUUAAUGAGAAGACCAAGAAAAAGGGUACCAAGAGAAGUUAG